GCCGUGCGGGGGGGCCCGGACCCCACAGCCCCACACAAUGGUGACGGUAGGAACGAAUUAUGGGGGGUGUGGAUGGGGUGGGGGGGAGGAAUGGCCGGGACCCCCAGCAUCCUUCCUCCCCAGCAUUCCCUCCCAUCACUAUCCUGUGCCUCCCCCCCCAAGCCCUCCCCACGGACCCCACCCGCAUCCAUCCACCCCAUCCUCAAUCUUUGCUGACCCCUCCCCCCUUUACCUGCAGCUACCAUCCCCGUGUCACCCCACUGUGUGUCCCCAUGCUCUCUGCAUCUUCCUCCCCCUCAGCCCCCCCCUGUUGUGAUGUCCCUCUGACCGUGUGACAUGCUUGGGCAGGGAUGGGAGUGCCAUGCAUGUGAACACGCGUGUGCAUCCGAUUAGUGGGGCACACAUAUAGGUGUGCAACAGGGGCACACAUGUGCCCUGUGUACGGGACACGUGUGGGGCUGUGGGGGCACUAUGGCCAUGCGCACAUGCGUGUGUACAGGGCGGUGCAUGGGUGUGGGAAUGGACAUGUGCAGCCUGCCCCCGCCCCAUAAAUCCCAUUUUCUCAGUCCCAUUAGACCAUUUUCACCUUUUCUUCUCUCGCUUUUCUCACCGCAGAUGGAUGCAUUGCUCCGGUCCCAGCCCCUGUACAGCCCCCCUCCCCCCGCAGCCCGUGGCUGGUGGCUCUGGGUACCCCAUCCCUGGCCACAAAGGGCCACAAAAGGCUACAAAAGGCCAUUGUCCCCUGCUCUUGUGCAAUGGGCGGGGCAGGCGGGGGGGCUCCAGAACAAAGGGGUUUUAUCUCCAGGAGUGACUGUUGUCCCAUCGGCCCCACAAUCCCCAUCGUUGUCCCCACGGUGUUGUCACCCUCCCAAAGUCCCUGCGUGGUGGCAUCCCGAUGACGCCUGUCCCUGUUCCCUGCAGAUCCUGAGCACGGUGGAGGCGCAGGCUCCCAGUGCUUCGGGGCCGUCAGGCUGUGGCCCUGUCUCCAUGGCCGUCCCCGUUGUGGCGGUGGCGGCAGUGCCCAACGGUGUCCCCCCUGGACCCCCCAUGGCCGAUGACAGCAAAACCAACCUGAUUGUCAACUACCUGCCCCAGAGCAUGAGCCAGGAGGAGCUGCGCAGCCUCUUCGGCAGCCUUGGGGACAUCGAGUCCUGCAAGCUCGUCCGCGACAAGGUCACCGGGCAGAGCUUGGGCUACGGCUUCGUCAACUAUGUGGAGGCAGGUGACGCUGACAAGGCCAUCAGCACCCUCAACGGCCUCAAGCUGCAGACUAAGACAAUCAAGGUGUCCUACGCCCGGCCCAGCUCGGCCUCCAUCCGCGAUGCCAAUCUCUAUGUGAGUGGCCUCCCCAAGGCCAUGGGGCAGAAGGAGAUGGAGCAGCUCUUCUCCCAGUAUGGCCGCAUCAUCACAUCCCGCAUCCUCGUUGACCAGGUCACGGGUAUCUCGCGGGGGGUGGGCUUCAUCCGCUUCGACAAGCGUGUGGAGGCAGAGGAGGCCGUGCGGGGGCUGCACGGGCAGAAGCCGCUGGGGGCUACCGAGCCCAUCACAGUCAAGUUCGCCAACAGCCCUGGGCAGAAGUCAGGGGGGGCCCUGCUCAGCCUCUGCCCCAGCGCCCGCCGCUACAGCGCCCUGCACCACCCCCCCCAGCGCUUCCGCCUUGACAAUUUGCUGAACGUGGCCUAUGGUGUGAAGAGCCCACUGUCGCUGCUGACCAGGUUCUCCCCACUGGCCAUCGAGGCGGUGCCGGGGCUGGGGGCUGGCGUAGGGCUGGGAGCCCCCGGGUGGUGCAUCUUCGUGUACAACCUGGCACCUGAGGCGGAUGAGAGCGUCCUGUGGCAGCUCUUCGGGCCAUUCGGUGCUGUCACCAAUGUCAAAGUCAUCCGUGACUUCACCACCAACAAGUGCAAGGGCUUUGGCUUUGUCACCAUGACCAACUAUGAGGAGGCAGCUGUGGCCAUCGCCAGCCUCAACGGGUACCGCCUGGGUGAGCGUGUACUGCAGGUCUCCUUCAAGACCAGCAAGCAGCACAAGGCCUGAGCCCCCUCACCCUGGCCCUGACACCUCACCUGUGCCCUCCCCUCCACCUUGCUGUGGGCUUCCAGAGACUGCUGGACCUCCCCCGAGCUGGGGGGCAGCACGGAGCACUGAGGAUGGGUGAGGGCACUCAAAAAUGCCCCAGGGCAUAUUCUUUCCCUCUCCCUCCCUCCCCCUCCCCCGCACCACUGGGACAUUGCAAAGAGCUUGAAUGGGGAGGGAGUAGGGGUAACCCCACACCCUCUUUCACUGGUGUGGGGCACCCCUCACACUCCACAGGCACUGCAGAAAACCCGGGUGGGAUUGGGGGGGGGGACGGGGGGGAGGCAACACUUAGAGGCUGCAGUAAAUUCUGGUACCUUGGGGACCUUUCUGCGCUCCCUUGGUAGGUGUCAGCCCCUCUCCCCAAGUCCCCCAGGGCUUGGCCACGCCCCACAAUGGAGACCACGUCCCCAUAUACUUUGGCCACGCCCCAUCAGAGAGGGGCCUUCUGGCGGUGGCUGGACCACCGGAGCAGUGCCGUGGGACCGCGGGUUCGAGCCCCGGCUCCAGCUGCUUUCCCCGCCUAUCCCCAGCCCCAAUCACCCCAAGUUCGGCUCUUUUUGUCACCAAACUGGUGCAAAAUGGAGGCCACGCCAAUCCCUUCCUGCUAUCUCUCCUCUUUUUAUUCAUUUUUUGGUCCCCUCUGGGGGAUGGGAGGACAGAAAGGCAAGUAAUAAUAACAGUAAUGGUAGUGUUAACAGUAGAGAAGAGAGAGGCCAAGGUAGCGAGCAGUGGCUCCCUGGCAUGACAGACACAAAACCAUCUAUUUUUGUAAGAGAAGAAAAAAAAAAUCAAAAAAAAAAUCAACUCCAACCCUUCCUUGACACCACACUUCUGUGGGAAGUAUUCUGGAGGGGAGAGGGGGGAACUGUUUGAGACCCUUUGCCUCAUGGAGGGGUCAUGGGGAGAAGUUUUGGGGUGGCUGGGAGCAAUUGAGUGGCUUCGAGGAGGUCCUGUUGCCUCUGACCCAACCAGUUCCCAGGGCUUCGACUUCUGCUUGUCUGGUUCUGACCUUUGGGGCAAAGCAAUGCUCCUCCAGUUUCUCCCCAGUACCCCCAUUAUUAUUGUUAUGAUUAUUGUUAUGAUUAUUGUUAUGAUUAUUGUUAUGAUUAUUGUUGUUGUUGUUUCUAUUAUUAAUUAUGACUAUUAUGAUUGCUACUCCCAUUAUUUAUUUUUCCUUCUCCUUGGGACAGCUCUGUGCUUUUUUGCCGUUUGGUUCUCAUUUUGUUCCGGCUCUGGUUCUGCCUCCAUUCCUGGUCCCCACUUUGUGUUGCAUUGCUUCCAUUUCCCCCACUCAUCUCAGCGUGUUCCCUUGCCCAGGGCUGCAGAGCCCCCACCCCAGGAUGUAGGGACCCCCCCCGAUAGCAAUAAGAGCUGCACCCACUGGAGGGGGGCACUGCCUGGGUUCUCCCUCUGUUAUUCAUUUUGAAGAGGGGAAGCCCCAAAAUGAGGAGAACACACGUGAGCACAAGGAAGGUCCCCACGCUGAGUGACCCCCCCCCCCCCCCCGUAUCUAGGACACUUUGUACUUUUCAUGGCAGAAUUAAUAAAAUUUGAAAAAAUGUUAAAAAAUGCCCGGUCUGUGGGGGCUGGGGGGAGGGGAGGGCAGUUUGCUCUCUUAUUUUUGGAGGUGAAUGCAGUUCUUGUAGUCUAAAAAAAAUGAUGCAUCUUCUUUACAGGAAAUGAAAACACUUCUGAGUUUUCAUGUGAUAUCACUUAAUGGAAAUUACUCUUUAGAGCCUAAAAAAUACCUUUGAAAAAGGUUCUUAAGAAACGUUUGGGCUUUGCUUAACAGUGUUUAUAAUGCAGAGAUAUGGAUAACUCUGCAUUAAUGCAUGGUGUAAAGCUGCAAAGACAGAAGUGGGAACGUCCACUUGUUUGUCUCCAACACAGUGAGCAAAGUGCAACUUUGAUGAUAAAAGGACAGAAACAGUGGUUUCCUACAGUCCUAUGGCAAUGCAAAAAUAAACUGGUUGUUACAUGUUUGUGAACGUCUCCCAAAGAUUAAAAAUAUAUUUUUGGUCAGAUUUA